AUGAAUCUUGAGAUCCGCUCGAACUUCGCAAGUGAUGGAGAAGUAGUCAGAGAAGGAAUCAGAGAGUUCCAGAGAAACGGGCCAAAAAGUAAAGUAGCCAGUGCAAGAGAACAAGAUGUGAAGAUAUAUGAUAAAAUAAAGGGGCGAGCAACUAGACGAGUGGCAAAGUUGAAAAUGGAGGAGUUAGAAGUAGCAUUAUUAAGGAUCCCAGAAAAGACAAGAGUCAGUAACAUUAAAUGGAUGAUCCAGCAGUCCCAAGACAAUCGUAUGAUGGACAAUAAUAUGAAGGAAAGUCAAGAGCAAGAAGAAGAGUAA